UUAUUUAUAAAAGCCAAAUAUAAAUUAAAUAUACUAUAAAUAAUUAAUAAUGAAUGUAAAUAUGUUUCAAACAUUUAAAAGUACAUUACAAACAGUUCAAGAAGGAAUAUCAGCUGGAUUGAAAACUUUAACAACAACAGAUAGUCCAAGAAUAAAAAAAUCAUCAACAAAUUUGGAAUGUGUUAAUUAUGGUGCUGGUGCUGAUUUGCUACAUCAUUUUCAACAACAAUGGAAUGAACUUCAUGAUUUGUCUGAAGAAAAUUCAAAAAAAUCACGUGAAGUUGAUAUAUUAAUUGGUGGUGUUUAUGAAAAACUUGACAGACAAUGGCACAGUAUAAUAUUAUUAAACAGUGCAUUAGCAACAAUUCCACAAAUUAAUAAUGACAUUAAAAAUUUAAUGGAUCAACUAGGAACACUUGAAGAAGCAUUUGAAGAAGUUGAAGCAUCACUUUAUAAUUUGGAAAAUUUAAAUGAAACCCUGGAGCUUCAAAAUCAUCAACUUGAUCACAGAUUUCAACUUGCACUUUAUAAAGAAAAAAAAUUAUCAAAUCUUGAUACAAUACGAGCUAAAUUAGCUGAUGAACAUUCAAAAAGAGUAGUCGAGCAUGAAUUAAAAAACCAAAAAAUAUUAAAAGAACGUCAACAAACAUUUGAAAAAGUAUUUCGAGAUGAUAUAGAAACUUAUAAAGCAACUGGUGAAAUUCCAAAAACUGUGUCACCACACAAGGGACCAACACUAGAAGAAAUUGAUCUCGAGGAUGAUUCAACAGAUUUUGAUGAUUUUCUAAAAAGUUAAAAUCGAAAUACAAUUUUUUUUUCAAGUAAAUAGUUUUUUUUAUAAACCAAAAAUGAAUAUAUUGAUCUCCAUAUUGAUCAUAAAGAUUUAUACGUAAAGUUUACACACUGUUACUGUGAUUUUAUUAAAAAAAAAAAAAAUUCUAAAGUUUAAUUAAAAAAAAAGAAAA